AUGAUCGCCAAAAUCAUAAAACAACAAGUAGUCAACACUUAUUCCGAUUAUAUGACGGUGGAGAAAAUCACAAUAUCCGAUCCACAAAUUGAUCAACUAUUGACCAAUUUCAAUCAACUGAAAGACAUAAAUAAGGAUAUUUUCGGUCAAGAUAAAACCAAAUUGAAAACCAGUGAAACUUCUCGAUAUUUUAGUUGUGAAAAUUGUGGUCGAAAGAUUGCUGGUGGGAGAUUUGCUCAGCAUGUGAACAAGUGUUUGGAAAGAAGGAGAAGACCAUGA